CGCGUAUAUAAUGCACAAAAACUCGCUACUAACUUAGCCCAAAGGCAAUUCAUCGGGAGGGAUAAAUUAUUCAGCCUUGAAUAUAAGAUUUGGAGAGGGAUUAUGGUCAAUGCCGCUUCUGUCCCGGUAUAUAGAUGGUAUCUUUGUGGACAUUUUUCCUCUCGGUUGCAUUGAGUGUUAACUUUCUUUGGAGUUCCAGGCCUUUGUAUAACCAAAAGAGACAAAGAUCGACAACUGGAUAACCAGAUUAUUCAUACCCGUUUGACUUUACAGGAAAUACGUAUUUGUUAUAUCAUGUUUUUUUUUACUUAACUGUGUAUACAAACAAAUUCAGACAAAGAUCUUUUUGAGGUGGACUGAAAAGAAAGAACUUUAAAUUUUCUAUUGCUCCAUCGCACAUUGAAUUUGCAGAAGAAAACUGGGGCACUCAACUUGAUCGCGUAUUAAUGCCUGAGAAAAAGAAGACACAAUUCUGUGGUUAUUUAUAAUUGGUGUAUGGAAGUUCUCACACAGUUUUAUUUUUAUGCGUCCCGUAUUCAGAUUUUUUAAACAAAGGAAGUUAUAUUUUCUUAUGCUUCAGAAGUUUGUUUUAAAGCAAUACUCACUGUUGCACAUCUUUUAAAUUCCUGUUAUAGCAGUGAUUUUUUUAACUCGACGGAUACCGUGUAAAAAUACAAUAUUUUACAACAUUAAGCUCGCUUGUUAAAUCGAAAGACUAUGCACGGUACAUACAUGAAUUUACGUUCACCCUUACCCACUCAUCACCGGCUGUAGAGAGAAAACAGAGAGUAUUGAUCAUUUCGCGUACUACGUCACUAAAUUGAGAGAAAUAUAAUUAUGGGAUGUAGACUAUCGUCGGCAGAGGGCGAUGAAACCGCGAAGGCAGGAUCGCUGACAGACGUCAAUGAAAUAAUGGCGGACGCGCUCCCGGACCCAGCACCCCCCGCACCGACGGACCCCCGGCUACCGUUAGACGCUAGACAGGUGUUUAAGCUGAAGAAAUCAUGGAAAGGAAUUAAAAGAUGCAUGGCAGAUACAGGGGUGGAGAUGUUUAUCAGAAUGUUUAGAGCAAAUGAAGACAUUAGAACUAUGUUUGUGCGGUUUCGCCAUCUAAAGACUGAGGACGAAAUUCGUGUUAGUGAACUUGUGGAAAAACAUGCUAUUUCUGUGAUGGGAACUCUCGAUGAACUCAUUUCUAACAUUGAUAAUGUGGACUAUGUGUUCGAUGUGCUCAAAGCCACUGGACAAAGUCAUAUGAAAUUCCCUGGUUUUCGAACAGAACUAAUAUGGGAUAUGGAGAAGCCAUUCUUGGAAGCCGUGAAAAUCACACUAGGAGAUCGUUACAGUGACAAUAUGGACACGAUAUACCGAAUUACAAUUAAAUUUAUUCUUGACAGUGUUAUAAAAUCAAGCACCGCUCCAACCAAUAACUCAGUCUCCUGAGAACGUCAUUAUCAAAAAUUAUGUUUUGCGCAUGUGUACAUGUAUGUAUCGCAUAAGUUAUGUCUGGUGCUCCGGAAAAGGUUAAAAAGAGUAAGAGAAGGAGCGAAAAAAGGAUAGAGAGAAAAAGGAAUCAAAGAAGAAAAUGUGGGAACAUUUGCGUGCGCCUGAUAUUUUUUGGAAACAUUGCGGUCCAAAAAUCCGUAGAUCACGUGACAGCAUACUGUCGUCUGAAGCUAAUCACGUGAUUCGGCGGCGGAGACUCGCUUACUUUUAUUCUUUUAUACGUCACUGAAGAUGAAGAAACGAAUUGCCUCCUGCGAUGUAGCUGCUGAACAUUUGAGGAACAUAUGAGUGUUGUGUCGAUUCAUAUUUGAUGUUUGAGUAUCUGCCUUAUGUUCAUGUGUAUUCUUUAUUGCCAUUUAAAUUGUAUGACGUUCACUGGACGACCCUUCGUCAGGUUGUGUAAUCUUUGAUCAUUUUCUGGAAAUCAAAUUUGUACUUCUCUACCCCUUAAAAAUCACUCGUGUCCAGUAAUAAAAUUUACAAGAAAACAAACCGCUCUUGCUUUCUACACAUUUUUGUAUGAUAUAAUUGAAACCAUGCAACGCAUGUUUAUGUAACAUCAUACCGGUAUGCUUAAAUUCAAAAUAAAAAAAAAUGAGCGUGUGUACUUACUACUUAUUCACAAAAACACCUGUCUUCAAAGUCAAAUGUUAAUUAUCAUAAUUACAGUUUCAUUAUCAAUGAAUGCCAAAUGUUCAACGUGUUUCAAAUUGAUAGAAUAUUUUUCAUUUUAAUCCAAUUCAAGCUUGAAUGUACAUGUGUGUGAUCACAGUACACACUAUUCUUCAUUUUAAAUCGCAAAUGACACACGUGUAUUUCUUGGUUAUUGUUCCGUUGUUUUUAUGAAACUAUUUUUUUUAUCAAUUAAUAAUGGAUUUUUAUCAACGAUUGAAAAGUUGAGGACUUUUUUCUACUAUUCUAAUGUACAUUUCUAAUUAGGAGGUGUGUUCGAUAUCUAUUUUUAUCAUUUUCACGAAAUAUUGAUUAGAUAUGAAGUUAUUUUUUAGCAAUGUAAUGAUGUAGUGCACACAUACAAUACACAUUUCUUUCAUUUUAAUGAUGAAACUUACCCACUGAUUUAGUAUACGGAGUUGAUACAUGCGCUUUACGCACCAAACUGUAUUGUUCCACUGAACGCCGACCAACAUUGUGAUCUUCAAACACCUCCAUGAAUUUGAUGAGUAAGGCUGGUGUGAAAAGUGUUUCGUCUAUUGAUUUUUCUAUUGUUUUAUCAUUAUCUUGCACAUAUCAGGUUGUGGUGGACACAGGACAAAAAUCGUUUUCCUUAAAAAUCGAUAACAUUUCGUAACUAUGAUAAAAAUGAAUACACCUUAAUUGAAAUAUAAGAGAAGAAAAGCAGAGAAGUGGGGAAAGAAUUCUUAGAUAGAAAAUGGAAAUUAAAUCAUUAAUUAAGGAUCAUACACUUUCAUUUUUUUUUUUUAGAAAUUGUUUUUGUUAAUUUCAGUGUAGUUUAACAAUAACCUCAUUAAAUUAUUUUUUUUCUUUAUUAAUUUUCUCUCUGAGUCUCUCUACAUAUUAUAUGAUUUGAUCUAUUUUAAUUGUCUCUAUUAAUACAUUUUCCAAUGUGAAAAUUUUGUUCACGUCAUGGUCACGUGGUAACAUAAAGUCUGUCACAUUUUGAAUAAAUCAAAAUUGUAUAAACUGAUUUAAUCUUUUUUUUU